CCAAUCACUGACCAGGACCAACCCUGCUUAGCUUCAGAAGCAAGCCAGCAGUGGGAUGCAGGGUGGUAUACUGCUGGCAAAUUAAAUCAACUGGAGCUGAUUUACUGGUGUUUUUAGUAUUGUAUGUCCAACAAUGAAAAACAUUUAAAUUCGUUAAUAUAAAAAAAUGGUAAUAUAAAUAAUAUAAUAUAAAUCGGGACGCGGGCCGCCAGUUGGGGAGCCCUGAGUAUGGGCUAGCUAGCAGAAGGCAAGUGAUGGAGAGAAGGCCAGCCUCAGUUGGACCGAUUGCGUUAGCUACCCAUACUGAGCCCAUAUGUAUGUGUAUUUAUUCAUUUUCAGGCGUACAACUUUAAGUCCGUUAUAUUCUUACAGCGUGGGUUAGCGUUAGCUAGUUCAUUCUCGUGAUGGAUGCGCAAAUAUCAGGCGGGACCGGUGUUGGUACAACCGCUAACGUUAGAUCAAAUUUGCCUAACGUUAGAUCAAAUUUGCAAGGACCCAGUUCAGGUAACGGGAGAAGGAUGACGUCCAAAAAAACGCGUUCAAAAAAGGGGAAAAGAAGAAAGAGACGGAGGAGUAAAAAGACGAAGACCAACAAAACACCACCAUAUUUACCACCGGAGGCGGAAGAAGGAAACAUUGAAUAUAAGCUGAAGUUGGUGAACCCCACACAAUACCGAUUUGAACACCUGGCCACCCAGCUAAAAUGGCGUCUUCAAGAGGGACGGGGCGAGGCAGUGUAUCAGAUUGGGGUGGAAGACAAUGGUCUGCUUGUCGGACUGUCAGAGGGAGACAUGAGAGCCUCACUGAAGACCCUACGGAGGAUGGCAGAGAAGGUUGGUGCUGACAUCACACUUCUACGGGAAAGAGAGGUGGAUUACGACUCAGACAGAAACUGCCGGAAAAUCUCAGAGGUUCUUGUCCGAAAAGUUCCAGACGACCAACAGUUCUUGGACCUGCGUGUGGCGGUACUGGGAAACGUGGACUCAGGGAAGUCCACGCUGUUGGGCGUGCUGACUCAAGGCGAGCUGGACAACGGGCGAGGCCGGGCACGCCUCAACCUCUUCAGACACCUUCAUGAGAUCCAAACAGGCAGGACAUCAAGCAUCAGCUUUGAGAUUUUGGGCUUCAAUAGCAAAGGGGAGGUGGUGAACUACAGUGACUCCCGUACAGCCGAGGAGAUUUGCGAGAGCUCUUCUAAGAUGAUCACCUUCAUUGACCUGGCCGGCCACCACAAGUACCUGAAAACCACCAUUUUUGGCCUCACCAGCUACUGCCCAGACUUCGCCAUGCUGGUGGUCAGCGCCAACACAGGCAUAGCUGGCACCACCCGCGAGCACCUGGGCCUGGCCAUGGCACUAAAGGUGCCCAUCUUUAUCGUGGUCAGCAAGGUGGACUUGUGUGCCAAAGGAACAGUGGAGCGCACAGUACGCCAGCUGGAGCAUGUCCUCAAGCUUCCCGGCUGUAACAAAGUGCCGAUGGUGGUGGCCAGCCCAGACGACGCCGUCACAGCCGCCCAGCAGUUCGCUCAGUCCUCCAGCAUCACGCCCAUCUUCACCCUGUCCAGCGUGUCUGGAGAGAGUCUGGCCCUGCUUAAGGUCUUCUUCAACAUCCUGCCUCCUCUCAGCAACAGCAAGGAGCAGGAGGAGCUCAUGCAGCAACUCACUGAGUUCCAGGUAGAUGAGAUCUAUACCGUGCCAGAUGUGGGGACAGUGGUGGGAGGAACUCUCUACAGUGGGGUGUGUCGCGAGGGGGAGAGGCUGGUGGUUGGCCCUACAGACGAGGGCCGUUUCCUGAGGCUGAAGGUGGGCAGCAUCCAUAGGAACCGCUCGGCAUGCAGGGUGCUGAGAGCCGGCCAAGCCGCCACACUGGCCCUCGGCAACUUUGACCGCUCGCUGCUCCGCAAGGGUAUGGUGAUGGUCAGCCCGAAGAUGAACCCCACCAUCUGCUGGCAGUUUGAGGCGGCCAUCGUCCUUCUCUUCCACGCCAAAACAUUCCGUCGGGGCUUCCAAGUGACUGUGCACGUGGGGAACGUAAGACAGACGGCUACCGUGGAGUGCCUGCAUGGAAAAGAGGAGCUGCGCACAGGAGAGAGGGCUGUGGUCUGCUUUCGCUUCAUUAAACACCCCGAGUACCUCCGCAUGGGCGCCAAGCUGCUCUUCAGGGAGGGCGUGACCAAGGGCAUCGGCCAUGUCACCAGCCUCCUGCCUGACUCACAUGACCAGAACCAGAUCCAUGACCAGAACCAGAACCAGAGGGAGAUAGAGAAAUAGAGAGGAGGAGAAAGGGGGAAGGAGAAGAAAUGAUAAGCUCUCCUAAACAUGUAUCCCCCUCUCUCAGUAAGUUUGUGUGAACUGCCGGCGCCGGACGUCAUCCCAGUAGAUUGUAUUGAACCACACACUAGUAUUUUAAUCCCCAUUUGUGUGUAUCUAAGUGUGUCUGUACUGUACUUUCCACAUCUGCCCUUCGUGCCAUGUAGAGAUGUGAAGCCCUAUUGAAACACUUGAUAUUUCUCAGUGGUGGAUUCUGGAACGAAUGCUUUGAUGAGUGUGGGUAGAGGCAAAGGUCGGUAUCUUAAAUCAAAGUCUGGUGACCUCGUCGAAGGCAGGCUAAGCUUUCAUCUAAUCUGCUGUGGGUUGCUUGAAGGAACCAUUCCCUUCCCUCUCUUGGUCAUUUCAUAACAGAUACAAUAGAUCAAAUGCCUGCUCUCCCUGUUUUACUAUACUGGACAAUGUGGAACGUACUCAGCAUACCCAUCCGUUGGAGGUUUAAAGGGAUAGUUGGCUUUUUAAAAGUAUUAGGUCAUUGUCGACUUACCUAAGGCAGGAUUUCCCAAACUCGGUCCUGGGCCCCACUCCCCUUGGUGCAAGUUUUGAUUUUUGCCCUAUUUUAUUUUAUUUUAUUUCACCUUUAUUUAACCAGGUAGGCUAGUUGAGAGGUUAGCUGCUCAGAUAGCUGAUGUUUGAAGUUGGUGAGGGAGAUAAAAGUCUC